AUGCAUGCCAUCCUCCUCCUAGUUUUGACUACUUUUGCUGCUGUUAUAGAUAGCGAGGCUGAAAUUGUCCGAAGAGGAAAGGAGUUGUCAAAAAUAGUUCCUUACAACGGCAGUUUUUACAUAGCUGAUGGAAAUAAAGUGUACAAGUUAAAUUAUAGAUUUGAUGAGGUGAUGAAAGAGGACAUAAGUGUACCAGAUUCAGAUACAGCGACCACUGAUCUUGAAUCUAUAGAAUGUUCGGAAGGCUACAGGUACAACUCAAGUGGACAAAGUCCGAUUAAGCUUGACUUUGUUAAUAAGACAAGUGCGGAGGAAGGAUAUAUUACAACAUUUUCCAAGACCAACCUGGAAAGUUCUGAUGUUAUUUUAGCAGGAACAGCAAAUGGAUUUGUUCUUAAAGUUUACAAGUUUUCAAGUACAGAUUGCUCUGAGUUCAUGUCUUGUGAACAAACAAUGGAAGGAAAAAAUCCUCUUUGUGGAUGGUGUGUUUAUUCUCAAAGAGCCACCAGGAGAAUUGCUUGUACAUACCAGAAAUAUCAGAACCACUGGCUGUCGGCACUGUCUAAUUGCUCAUCACUACAAUUGCAACCCACAGGGAUUCCCAUUGGCAAAAACAAAACAGUGACGUUAAAUGUGGCCAAUUUUCCUGAACGCUUGGGAAAUGAUACAUACUUCUGUCAAGUGGAAGGUGAUAAAGAUUUCGUGCGUGCAACUGAGGCAGAGGGAAAACCAAUAAAUUGCACCAUUGCUGGCACAAAAGAGCAUAAAAAGGUCGCAAUAAGUCUUAUAGUUGCGCACGAUUCGGUGAAAAUUCCAAUAGCCAAUGCAUCUUUCCUAUUUUAUAAUUGCUCAACUUUUGAUAGGUGUGGUAAAUGUGUGGAAACCUUUGGUGCUAAUUGUACAUGGCACCCAGACAGUGGUACCUGUUCUUCGACUGAAGCUGAUGGACAAAAUAGAGUUUACCAGGUCAAAGAUUGCCCGCAUCUUGAAGGAAUACACUCAAAAUAUAUUCCAAGUGGAGUUGAAACAAAUUUGACAUUGGAGAUUGGAAACCUGAAUAAUUUAAAUAUAACUACAGAGUUUUCUAUUCAUGUGGAGUUCCAGCAAAAGCCAUUUGGUUGUUCUGAUAUUACUAAUGGAUCCAUCAAUUGUACAGUUAAUUGGAUGACAAGCAUGAAAAAGGAAACCUUGACUCUUGAAGUAUUUUAUAAAUUGAAUUCUGAAGGUCCCGGAGUUUAUCUAGACAAUCCAAACCAAAUUGAUGUAAUAGUGUACAACUGCUCCAUUCUUUCCCAAGGGAAAUGCAACUUUUGUAAUGCACUUAAGUCCGAAUAUAUAUGCCAUUGGCCUUUGAACGCUGGUGAUUGUGUGCACGGUCAAAAGGUGGUUAAAGGGUAUACAUGUCCUAUGCCAGAAAUAACUAAGAUUUUGCCCAGGGAUGGGUAUACAGGACGCGGAACAACAGUCACUGUGUAUGGAAAUGAGUUUGGAGGAAAAAAUGAUAAUAUUUCUAAAGCAUAUGUUGUUAAUAAACCGUGUUUGACGAACAUUGUAAGCAACUACAGAGAUAUAAAGGACACUGAAGACUUUAAUCCAGGAGUUCGAGAAAGUUUACCAAACCCUGAAAUUAGAAGCAUUCAUCCAACAAAGGGUUUCUUGAGUGGUGGUACAAUAUUAACAGUCAAGGGACAACAUCUGAACAGUUCGAAUGUUGGUACUGUAUCCAUAAGUAACGAAAAAGAGACACAGGAAAACUGCAUAAUAGAUCCCAAUUCGGCCGACCAAGUUCUCUGUAAAGUACCAAAUGCCACAGUUGGUGUGAGGAAUGCAUUAGAAAGUAACACUCCCUCCAAUAGCCAAAGGAAGAAAAGGUCAUCACACUGCGAUGGAUGUGUAACAGUUGAUAUUCUUGUAAAACUGGACGGUGUUGAAUCGCAUUUUACCAUUUCAUAUUAUCAUGAUCCUUCCAUCAACAAAUUUGAUGAAAAUGUUCUGCUUUACCAAACAGAUCAACAGUAUUUGGAAAUAAAGGGCGAAAAUCUUAACCUUGUUGCGGAGAUGCAUGACAUCAACGUUACGAUUGGAUUAGGUGAAUGUAAUGUUGUGGAGCUCACAGGCACUUAUAUGCGAUGCAAGGCCCCAAGUUUUCAACCACAGCCAGGGAUACCAGGAGCUACUUUGCCCGAAGUCAAUGUGACAAUAGGAAACAUACAAAGAACUGUUGGAUACAUUGAGUAUCAAAAGAAGUUCGAGAACGUCCUUAUCAUAGCCGGAGCAGCAGCUGGAACUGCACUGUUUCUUCUUGUUUUGGUGGUAGCGUUCUUUGUCUGCAAGUAUCGGAAGGUGGGAUCCAAAGCGAAAGCCCUGGAGAAACAACUAAACGACCUUGAAUUGGAAAUCAAACAUGUUGCAAAAGAAGAGUUCCUUGACAUGCAGACCUCCAUGUCGACAGUUAACCGUAACCUUAUAGAGCAAGGAUUCCCCUACCACUCCUAUCAACAGUACGCGUGUAAUGCCAUGUUCGCUACCGACUAUCUGAUGUCAGAUCCUGUAGUAAGUAGUUACAAGAUGUCUGAUGAACUGCGGGCUCGAGCAAGGACGGGAAUGGAACGUUUCCAAGGUCUACUUGAGAACAAGUUCUUCCUCAUUUCCCUAAUAACGACCAUGGAGAAACAGAAACACUUCUUUAUCAAGGAAAAAUCCAAUUUUGCUGGCAAUCUAUGCGCCAUCAUGAUGGGACGUAUGGACUACAUGCAUGAAGUGUUACAAGUCCUGAUCACCCAAUUGGUUGAGGACCCUUCUUCCAAGAGAGGCGUGAAAUCAUUGUUCAGAAGGAGUGAGAGUAUCACGGAGAAGCUUUUGAGCAACUGGCUAUCCCUCUGUUUGUACCCUCACCUAAAGGAUCACACCGGUUCACUUCUGUACCUGUUGUACAUCGCCACGAGGAAAACGAUGGAGGCUGGCCCUAUCGAUGCUUUAACCAAUGAUGCAAAGUACACACUUUCGGAGGAGAAACUGCUCCGGAAAUAUCAAGGCUCGGCAACAGACGAGGAAACGACGGAUGUGAAGUUUGAGGCUAAAGCAUUGACAUUGAACGUAGUGGUCGACAAUGGAGAGGAAAUCUACCCAUGUAAAGCUCUCGACUGCGACACAGUUAACCAGGUGAAAGCCAAGUGUCUCGACCAGAUCUAUGUCAACUACCCGGCCUCGCAACUUCCCGUAGAUCCCACUGAGCUUCUUCUUGAGUGGCAUGCCGGAUUCAGUGGACGUAUGAUACUUCGUGAUAAAGACAACACGUCCAAGCGUGAUGGUGAAUGGAUUCGUGUUAACACAUUGGCGCACUACGCAGUGGCCGACCAAAGUAACAUGGCCCUCGUAGAUCCACGGAAUGCUGAGCUCAGUCAGCAGGAGGAUUAUGUGAACUUGGCACAGAUUGACCCUUGCUUCGAUGUCAACAGUAUGGGGUCAGACCAACCGUUGACGGCCGAGUGUUCCACUUCGCAUGACGAAGAAAACCCGAUGGAACUGAAACAGUGGCACUUGUUAAAGGAUGAUGAUGCAAACAAGAAGGAGAAAUCUGCCAUUGAUGAGCUGUACUUGAACAGGCUUAUCACAACCAAGUUGUCACUUGUGAAGUACAUAGAUGACUUGUUCAGCCUGGUAUUGGAGAGCAGCAAGUGUCCUCCGCCCGUCAAGUUCCUCUAUGAUUUCCUGGAUGAUCUUGCAGAAAAACAAAAAAUAGAUCCCGACACACUCCAUGCCUGGAAAAGCCAUAGCUACUCCAUUCGCAUCUGGGCCAUGCUUAUCAAGACACCGUCAAUUCUGUUCGAUAUCAAUGCCCCGUCCUAUGUUUCGGAGAGUCUGGAUGUGAUCAGUCAAGUCUUCAUUGAGAGCUUCAGUCGCACGGAACAGGCCGUGUCAAAGGAAUCGCCAACUCAGAAGCUUAUUUUGCGAAAUGAGCUGACGAAGUUCAGAACACAUGUUCAGGAGUUCUACAAAAAUGUCAAAGAGAACGUGCAGAAACCCGAUGUGCUAGGACAAUACCUGACAAGUAUUAACAGAAACCAACAGGAAACUACUUUCAAUAAGAACGCAGCACUUUACAGAUUAUACGAGCAGAUCAAGCCAUAUACAGACGAGAUUCUAGACGACCUGUCAAUCUGCCAAGAGACCAGAUGUCUGCAGUUGAACAAGAAGUUAGAAGACAUAUUCUCUAUGAUGGAAGAAUAGAAAGGGAGUUAUUCAGAAUAGGGCAGUUUUGAACAAAACAAAGAUAUUUGAUAUUAGUGAUUUCAGUUUAAAGGUGUUUGCACAAAUAGUUGGUUCAUUCAGUUAACAAGACAGCAUUCCUUUCAUGAUAAUUGUUACAUGCAUUUAUUGAAUUAUACAAACAGAACGACCUUAAAGGCUAUCAUAAUUUUAUCUUCAUG